AUGAAAUUUCCUACUCGCAACGGUACUGGUGUUAUCCGGGGUGACCAGCUUAGCACACGGACGUGCUAUACCACUGCUCUCAAAUCGGUAGUUUGCAAACCCCCAAUGGAAGCUAUGUCUGUGCAGGGACUACCGAACGGUAGAGGGCCUAUAGACGACCCAAGAGAAGAAAUGCCAACGUCGGUGGCGCAACCUGCCGAAGAGCUCGAAACGGUAAUCCUGAAUGAGGAAUUUCCCGAUCGGUGGAUAAAGAUCGGCACCACCCUAAGUCCCGACCUACGAGCGCAAUUCAUUGACUUCUUGCGGCAACAGGUGGAAGUCUUCGCCUGGUCUUACGAUGACAUGCCCGGCAUAUCACCUGACGUCAUCAGUCACAAGCUCAGCAUCUCCCCCGCCUAUAAACCGGUCAGACAGAAGCGCCGUUCGUAUGAUGCCGAACGGUACGAGGCUAUGCGUACCGAAGUUGACAAGCUCAAAGCCAUCGGCUUUAUCAGGGGAGCUACGUACCCUGUUUGGCUUGCCAACUCGGUCAUGGUUCGGAAGGCCAAGGGAUGA